UCGGAGCGCACCUUUGUGUGACGCGUCCUCCCAUCAAUUGUUAUUGUUUUGCUGUAUGGAGCCUGGAAGUUAAUAUUCAUAUGAACAGUAACGUCGUUGUUUGUCAACGUGAAACGACACGAUUAGUAUCGUUUCUCCCAUCCACAGUUGAAAGCGAUCGGCGUAUUGUUCACUGUCGUUGCUUGCAUUCGUUACAUCCGGGGCUAGAUCCUUCCGGACGUUCCUCUCUCCCGGAGGACUGCGAGCGUGGCGUUUGGAGUCGGGGCAGCGGAGGAGGGGAACGCGGUGGUGGGGUGGGGGGGGGGGGGAGCCCCGGUGUGGAUCGAGCCGAGCCCGAGGCCUCUGAGCUCAGCCAGCGAGAGGACAGGGAAAGCUGGCGGCUCGGAUGGAUUCCCAGGUCGAAGCGGACGGCGGCCCCGAGAUGCUCCCGGGCUUCAUCUGUGCCUCGUUUAACCAGGACACCACUUCCCUGUCGGUGGGCACCAAGACCGGCUACCGUCUCUUCUCAGUCACCGCUGUGGACAAACUGGACUGUAUCCAUGAGGGAGUGGAGUGUCCCGAUGUGUGCAUCGUGGAGCGGCUGUUCUCCAGCAGCCUGGUGGUGGUGGUCAGCCAAUCCGUGCCACGGCGGAUGAACGUCUAUCACUUUAAGAAAGGUACCGAGAUCUGCAACUACAGCUACACCAACAACAUCCUCUCCGUCAGGCUCAACAGACAGCGACUGGUGGUGUGCCUGGAGGAGUCCAUUUACAUCCACAAUAUCAAAGACAUGAAACUCCUCAAGACCCUGCUCAACACCCCCACCAACCCUUCAGGUCUCUGCGCUCUGUCUGUCAACCACGGUAACUCUUUCCUGGCAUACCCUGGCAGCGCCACUAUUGGAGAGAUCACAGUGUACGAUGCAAACAACUUGAGCACCGUGACGCUGAUCCAGGCCCACGCCAGUCCCCUGGCCGCGCUCACCUUCAACGCCUCCGGCACGAAACUCGCCAGCGCUUCAGAGAAGGGCACCGUUAUCAGGGUGUUCGGCAUUCCCGAAGGACUGAGGCUGUUUGAGUUCCGGCGAGGGAUGAAAAGAUAUGUUAGUAUUAGUUCACUGUCCUUCAGCGCCGACACCCAGUUCCUAUGUGCAUCCAGCAACACUGAGACAGUUCAUAUCUUCAAACUGGAGCAGCACAGUCCCAGUCAAGAGGACGCAUCUCCCACAUGGUCUGCAUACGUGGGCAAAAUGUUCACAGCGGCCAGCACUUACUUGCCAGCUCAGGUGUCCGACAUGAUGCAUCAGGACCGAGCCUUCGCCACCGUGCGACUCAACAUGUUCGGCCUGAAGAACAUCUGCGCGCUGGCUACGAUUCAGAAGCUGCCUCGCCUGCUUGUGGCGUCCUCGGAUGGGUAUCUUUACAUCUAUAAUGUGGAUCCACAGGAUGGAGGCGAGUGCAUGCUGGUCCAAAAACACAGGUUGUUUGAUGGCAACGAGGAGCAGGCGGAAGAGAAGGACGAGGAGACACCAGCGGAGGUCUCCAACCAACCGGCCGGCCAAUCAUACGCAGCCACCGUGGCUCUCACCUCCAGCCCGCCCUCCUCUACCACACUCUUGGGAUACUCAGAGGACGGAGGAGCCCAGAAGGGGGAUGUCAUCCCAGAGCACGAGUUCGCCGAGGGCCCCGUGUGUCUGGAUGACGAAAACGAAUUUCCUCCAGUCAGUAACUAGAUUAACUCUCAAAUCCCCCCCGCAUCCUCGAUCCCUCCCUGUUUGACGCGGAGAGAAUGGAGAAAAGUAUGAAAGCCGGCCGCCUCCUCCUUCCGCACAUACCCCUGCAGGUCGAGGGUCUAAUCCUACCAAGAAGUUGCAUCCUGGUGUUUCUGGAUUCUAUGUAGUCCUACACAUUAACAAGGAGCUGACAUUUUACUCAGCGGGAACAUCUCACAUUCUUUUGCUUCGAUGCAUUCAAAGUCUACCUUAUUACACUGCAAAAUACAAUGUUAGAAUUUGUGAGUGACAUUGCUUCAUGAUCACAUGAGCGAAAGGCAGCCCAUCUGUAAGCUAAGGCAGCAUUUGUUGAUAGCGGGGGUUUUGCUUUUCAGCUUGGUACAUUACCAUAUGUUGUAAACUUAACCUGCUUCCUAGUAGGUAACGUUAAGAGAUAAGCGAUCAAAACCUACGAGAAGCACUGAUUUUGACUAGGUCACAUUCCCAAAAGUGAACCUUGUAUGUUGCUCUGCUCAUGCUUUUGUACGAGACUCAGGACCACACUGAAAAGAGAGAAAAAAAAUAGUAGUAGUAGUGGAAUUACACGAAUAAAGCCUGUAAGUAUAGGUAUAAAGUCAUCGUUUUACAAGAAAAAUAACCAUGUCAUUUUAAGAGAAUUUGUCAUUUUAUGAGAAUAAAGUAUUAAUUUACAAGAAAUUAAAUAAGAACGUUAAGUGAAAAAAGUGUCAAAAUUUAAAGAGAAUGAGCCAUGUUGUUAUUUUAAGCAAAUAACAUACCUUUAAAAUUGAAAUCUGUGAUUUUUAAAGAAUUCAGUUGGGAUUCCAUGAGAGUAAAAUGGUGACUUGAUGAGAAAAAAAAUUUUGUUUUACGAGAGUAGUAUUAAUAUUAAGAUAGUCGUCAUUUAAAAAGAAUGUUGUAAUUUUAUGAGAAUACAUUCAGAUGAAAGUCUUCAUUUUAAGAAGACUUAAAGUCAUGAUUUUAACAGAGUAAAAUUGACACUUUGAGAAUAAAGUGUACAUUUUACGAGAACAAAAUCAAAAUUUGAAGAGAAAGAGUGAUGUUUUUAAAUUCAAACGUAUACUGUAACUUUUAAGAUACAUUUAGAAAAAAGUUGUACAUUCACAAGAAAUUGUCAUUUUAAGAGGCAAGUUUGUUGAGAUUUCAGGAGAAUAAUUUUUUUUUUAAAUAAAGUUGUAAUUUUACAAGAAUAACAAAAUUAGGAGAUUUAAUUUAAUAAUAGUAGUAAUAAUUUAAUUAAGAGACAAUGAGAAGAAACUAGAAAUUUAACGAGAAUAUUUUUUUUUUCCUUUUCAGUGUGGCCCUAUUAAUCAUUUGUACUUGUAUUUUGUCAUGGCCACAAAAUAAGUACUGAUUAUAUACUAAACACAGUCAUUUUACACAAGUACUCUUUUUUUUUUUUUUUUUUUUUUUCCAUUUGAACAAUUCUGAGGUAAGACCAUAAUCUCAUACAAUAGGCAUGCAUGCUGUAAAGUGCAUACACCUCGGCCAAUGAUUAUUAGCAGACCCAAAUUACAACCAAUAGCACAAAUGUCGGUGGGGGGAAAAGGUAGCUUUUCUGUAUGGUAAUCCUGCUGAAAACAAACCAAAGCAAGUGUGUGAAAACCUCCUCAGUGGCGGGUGUUAUGUCUAAUCUUAAAAUGUCUUUGUUUUUUGGUUUUUUUUUUUUUCUUUUCUUUUUUUUCUACGCAAAAGGCUUCUUGCAAAGAGUGUAUUGUUCCCAUUUGAGUGUGCAAGAUUCUGGAUGCUUGAAAUAUGCGACAUAUUUUUGUUUUAGCAGCUCCAACGUAAGGGCAUUUCCUUUUUUUUUUGAAUUAACAAAGCCUUGCAGUUUUACCGGGAGUUGCCAUCACCUCCAAAUAAGAGUAUUCCACAUGAGAGCAUUUAAAUAAUGCAUUUUGAAGUAUUAUGAGACUCGAGGACGCAGCUGUGAUACUAAUUCUGGUAGCAGUAGAUACAAAAAGAGACUUACAUAUUCACCAAUGUAAAAUGAGAAUAUAUGUGUGAAGGAGCAAAUGUUUAAAUGUGAAUCGCUUGAUGGUACACGCCGUAGCGACACGUCCUUGAAUUUCGGUGAUAUCUCGAGGCUAUUUACCACAUGAUGCUGAAUAAGUUGACAUAGGUUUUUUUUUUUUUUUUUUUUACUAUGGGAAGUUUUACACAUGAACAUAAACUGACCAUGUGUAACUAUAUUUUGAAGAUUUUUUUUUUUUUACUGUGUAUAAUCUGUAUAUAAUGCAUAUACUACUCACAGAAAGUACAGAAUAUUGGCUUAUCGACCUAAAAUGCACUAUAGCCUAUACAGGUGAACUUAAUUUAACUUUUGGAUGCACAUGUCCACAGCACAUUUUCACUGUUUCAGAGCUUUUUGCACAACUUCUCUAACAAGGAACUGAAUGGCAAAUUCCACAACAGGGGUUUGAUCCAGGAAAAUUUCUAAGGAUGUGCACUUCCAUGCCUUUCUGUGACUCUUCCAGUCUCUCUGCAUCCCUAUCGCAAGCUGCUGAUUGUUACGUGUCUUCUCGGUCACAUGAUGUAAAUAAUGCGAAAAGUAUGAUGAAGAGGACUUUAAAUACAAAUUCUAAUUUAACUAGGAAAUGUAUUGGUUGAUUCAUGGUUGUGAAUUUUGCCGUAAAGCUCCUUGUUAGAGUACGGCAAGUUGUGCAAAAAAGUACAGAAACAAUGAACAGUUUGACAUGUGCGUCCGAAGGUUUAGAGAAGGUCAAAUUAAGUUCAACUAUAAAGGAUCCGCGGCAUUUUAGGUUCAUCCAGAAACCAUGCAAAAGCCCAGAUAUCCCAAACUUUUUGGUGAGUAGCGUAUAUAGGUAAUACAUUUAAUUUGGCCAAAAGGUGGCGCUGUUUGGACACCUUACACUACAUUGAGCUGUUGCAUACUGACAAUGAAGAAUCAAUAAAGCUGAUUCAGAAUCAA